AUGGCAGUGUACUCAGUGAUCGGUGUGAUACUUGUCGUCUGGACCGCCCUGGCCGGGCGGUCCGCGGCGCAGCAGCAGCAGCCGGCCGCCCUGCCCAGCGCCACUGCCGACGAGGUGUACGGCUACAUCGCAAGAGCAGUUCAGCAAGAGCUCCAGCCCGUCGUCAGCAAGCUCGAGUCUCGAGUAGAGUCGCUGGACAAAGUCGUCAGCAGACUCGGCGGCCUGCCUGUCAACUCGCCAUCUGGAGUCUACCUCCUUCGGCCCAGUGGUAACAACACACAACCACCCGUCGAGGCCUACUGUGACAUGGAUACUGCCGGAGGGAACUGGACGGUGAUCCAACGACGAGACGAUAUCAAGCCCCACCAGUACUUCUACCUCGGAUGGACCGACUACAAGGAGGGCUUUGCUCAACCAGGGGGCCUGGUGGUACGGCGGGAGGUGGUGCGGGUUGAGCAACCUGAACGGACGGUACCGGGAAGGCGGUGA